GGCUGUGGGUGUGAGCAGGGCUUUAGAAGACUCAGGAAGAGGAGGAGCUGGAGAGAAGUGAACUGUGGGUUCCUCGAUGCAGGCUGCCAUACAGACCACAGCCUCUCUGGGACCUGUGGUCUAGAAAACAGGAGAAAGGAUGAGCACACCGGGAGACCCAGCCCAACCAGACCUUGAAAGUUGCAGAGGCACCAUGAGUGCCGAGGAGGACGCCAAGUGGCUUCAGUGGGUGACACACCAGUUUGAGACCAUUGCGGGAGAAGACCGGGAGAUCAACCUGCAAGAAUUCAAAACAGCCUUGAAUGUGAAAGAGUCCUUCUUUGCCGAGAGAUUCUUCGCCCUGUUUGACUCCGAUGGAAGUGGCACCAUCACGCUCCAGGAGCUGCUGGAGGCGCUGACCCUGCUCAUCCACGGCAACCCCAUGGACAAACUCAAAUUCCUCUUCCAGGUGUACGACGUUGACGGCAGCGGCUCCAUCGACGCGGAUGAGCUGCGCACCGUGCUGCAAUCGUGCAUGCGCGAGAGCGCCAUCUCGCUGCCAGACGAGAAACUGGACCAGCUGACGCUGGCGCUCUUCGAGUCGGCAGACAAGGACAACAACGGCGCCAUCACCUUCGACGAGCUCCGGAACGAGCUGCAGCGCUUCCCCGGGGUCAUGGAAAACCUGACCAUCAGCGCCGCCCACUGGCUGACGCCCCCUGCCGCCCGGCCGCGCAGUCGCCGUCCUCGCCCUCUGACCUCCGCCUACUGGCACAACCACCGCAGCCACCUGCUCUGCCUGGCCGCCUACGCGGGCCUCCACGUGCUGCUCUUCACUCUGGCGGCCUGCGCGCACCGGGCCCUGGGCGCCAGCGUCAUGGUGGCCAAGGGCUGCGGCCAGUGCCUCAACUUUGACUGCAGCUUCAUCGUGGUGCUGAUGCUCAGACGCUGCCUCACUUGGCUGCGGGCCACGUGGCUGGCUCAGGUCCUGCCGCUGGACCAGAACAUCCAGUUCCACCAGCUCAUGGGCUGGGUGGUGGUUGGGCUCUCCCUUGUGCACACCGUGGCCCACGUUGCGAACUUCGCGCUCCAGGCUCAGUCCGGGGCCAGCCCCUUCCGGUUUUGGGAACUGCUGCUCACCACGAGGCCCGGCAUUGGCUGGGUCCGUGGCUCCGCCUCCCCGACCGGAGUGGCGUUGCUGCUUUUGCUGCUGCUUAUGUUUGUCUGCUCCAGCUCCUGCAUCCGAAGGAGCGGCCACUUUGAGGUGUUCUAUUGGACUCAUCUGUGCUACCUCCCCAUGUGGAUCCUGCUCAUUGUGCACGGGCCCAGCUUCUGGAAGUGGCUUCUGGUCCCUGGCAUCUUGUUCUUCCUGGAGAAGGCCAUCGGGCUAGCAGUGUCCCACAUGGCAGCCCUGUGCAUCGUGGAAGUCAAUCUCCUUCCCUCCAAGGUCACCCAUCUGCUCAUCAAGCGGCCCCCUCUGUUCCACUAUAGGCCGGGCGACUACCUGUAUCUGAACGUCCCCACCAUUGCGCGUUACGAGUGGCACCCGUUCACCAUCAGCAGCGCGCCAGAGCAGAAAGACACCAUCUGGCUACACGUCCGGUCCCAAGGGCAGUGGACAAACAGGCUGUAUGAGUCCUUCAAGACAUCAGACCCUGUGGACUCCAAACGGCUGUCAAGGAGUUUGAGGAUGAGAAGGAGCCAGAGGAAGCCCCAGAGUUUUCAGUGCCAGCCCGUCCAGUCCGGAGCCGCGGUGCAGGGAGCCGUGGCCUCCAGCAAGGAUGUCAUCGUGGAGCUGACAUCCUACAGGCCCAGGGGGACUCCACAGCAUGGGGACCCAGGCCCGGUGCCCACAGGGACAGAGGAAUCGGCUCAGGCACAGCGGAGAACCACGUCUGAGUGGGGUCUGGUCUCCGAGAUGUCCUCUGAGAACCAUCUGUUUUGCAACAUCAAGUGCUAUAUCGACGGCCCUUACGGAACCCCCACCCGCAGGAUCUUUGCCUCUGAGCAUGCGGUGCUCAUCGGAGCAGGCAUCGGCAUCACCCCCUUCGCUUCCAUCCUGCAGAGCAUCAUGUACAGGCACCAGAAGAGGAAGCACAUCUGCCCCAGCUGCCAGCACUCCUGGAUGGACGACGUCCAGGAUGAGGACAUGAAGCUCCACAAGGUGGACUUCAUCUGGAUCAAUCGAGACCAGCGGUCUUUCGAGUGGUUUGUGAGCCUGCUGACCAAACUGGAGCUGGACCAGGCCGAGGAGACACGAGAGGGCCCCUUCCUGGAGCUGCAUAUGUACAUGACCUCUGCACUGGGCAAGAAUGACAUGAAGGCCAUUGGCCUGCAGAUGGCCCUCGACCUCCUGGCCAAGAAGGAGAAGAAGGACUCCAUCACGGGCCUCCAGACACGCACCCAGCCUGGGCGGCCUGACUGGAGGAAGGUGUUCCAGAAAGUGGCUGCUGAGAAGAAGGGCAAGGUGCAGGUCUUCUUCUGUGGCUCCCCAGCUCUGGCCAAGGUGCUCAAGGGCCAUUGUGAGCACUUCAGCUUCAGAUUCUUCCAAGAGAACUUCUAGCCUCACCUCUGCCAAACCCACCCUGCCAGCCGAUUUGAUCACAUUGCUUCUGUGCCCCGCAGGGGCCAGCCUCAGAGGGCCUGCCUAGUCCUGCUCCACACCCGGCACAGGAGGGCCCAGGGGCAGAUGGACUUCCUUCAGGACCCAGGGGACAGGGCAGUGGCCUGCGCGGGGGCCUCUGUGUAUUCUGGGAUUGCUGAGAAACUGAUCAGACCCAAGGCGCCACGGAGAGGGGUGCAGAGGGCGCUUGCCAGGCGACUGCUCCUCCCAAAGUCCUUGGAGGAAGCCUUCCCCUACAACAGUGGUCCCAGACCUGCCUAAUCAGCACAGUCAUUCAGGAUCUUAUCCCAACAUUUUCUUAUGAAAAUUUUCAAACAUCAGACAGCUAAACGGAUCGUACAGUGAAUGGGGUUACCCACUUGCUGGAUUCCUCCGUUAACAUGCCGCUGUAUUUGCUUUACUGCAUAUUAUCCGUCUGCCCCGUUCUGUCUCCACCCAUCAAUGCAUCUUGUCUUUCGGAUGCACUUCAAAGCACGCUUUGCUGCUCAGAGGAGCUUUCUUUCCACGCAGACUCCUGGGCCCCACUCCCAGAAAUUCUGAUUGCGACGUUCUGGGGAUGAGACCUGGAAGGCAUAUUUUAUUACAAAUCCAUUCAUUCCCUUA